UACACCGUAUAUACUGAAGUGAUCUUCCCCUUCAAGUUCAGGCUUUAGUUAAUUACUCGAGCAAAUACUCUCAGCUCUCCCUGCCAAAAAUCUCUAUAUUUUCAGGGUUAACGUUCAGACAUGCAAUUGCUACCAGCUGGUAUUUAUCCAUCGUAAAUCGACAUAUAGGUGAAAGCAAUGGAAAACCAACCAGGCGAGAGCGUCGCCGUAAGCCUUCCAUCGCCACCAGUGUACCAUUUGGAGAGGUCAGCAGCUACAGCUUCAAUGAGAAAAUUGUGGUCAACAGUUACUCAUCUAAUUAGACAACUAUGGUCAACCGUUAUUUAUCCAAUUGGAGAAUGCUGCUGGCUAGUGAUAUUUACUCCCAGUUGGACAAUUUGUGAUAUCUACGGACCCGACACAGACAGUCCAAUAGACUACAUUAUACUUGGGACUGUAUGUCUGGCACAUAUAAUUCUUUUACCCAUCAAAUAUACAUGGAAACUGCUAAGAAGGAAGGCGAUUCUGACAUGUAUUGCAGUGUCGUUGGAUCCUUUCUUCUUUUAUAUUCCAAUCAUCAAUCAGGAAAACAAGUGUCUUGGAGUUGACAAAAAACUGAGGAAUACACUUCUUGUGUUGCGAUCACUCACGGAUUUUGCUAGUGUAUUGCAUAUUGUAUCUCAAGUUCGGGAUUGGACCAUCGACCCAAACCCCGACUCCCACACCGACACCGAAUCCUACUUUGACUCUGAAGCCAGGCCGACAUCAUCGCUGUUGCAAAAACUGAUGAAGUCCAUAGUAGAGGCAAUAAAUGGGAGGAUGCCUUGGUUAUCUCUCUCUCUCCUGAAUGAUUUUCUUGCUCUUCUUCCAAUUCCGCAGCUGUAUUUUUCAGGUGGCAAUAGUAGUUGUCUUCUUCAAAAUGGGGGGCUCUAAAUUUUUCCUUCAAAGAACGAUUCUCAAUGUCCUUCUAAUAUUUCAAUACAUCCCCAGGAUUUGUCAAAUCUACCUAUCAAGCAAGAAACUAGAAAGGAUUGGAAUAUGGGUUAAAGGUGCAUUCAACUUUUUUCUUUACAUCCUCGCUGGGCAUGUAAGUUUUAUCUCUAAUAUCACAGAUUAUAUAUAUAUACUAGAAGCUGCUCAUUCCCUCUGGGUGUGGAAAAGUGGGUGGUUAUCAGUUUAAAAAUGGGUAGUUAAUAUAUAUUUUUAUUGUUUUAGUGUUUUGACGAUUAUGUCCUGUAGAAUGAAAAUUGUGCUUUGUUUUUUAAUAUUUUAAGGGUAUUUUAGUACAUUUUUUUAGUUUUGGCUAACAAAGCCUGUUCUAUUAAUAUUAGU